AUGCCUCGAAACUACAAAAGGAAGACCUGUCGUAGGAGCUGGAGCAAAGAACAGUUGAAUCUUGCGAAAGAUGCUGUCAGUGAAGGUGUUUCCAUAAAAUGUGCGGCAAAAUCGUUUGGUAUUCCAAGAAUCACACUAUUGGAUCACGUCCGUGGCAAGGUGACGAAAUCAAAACUCGGACCAAAAGAAACCGUCUUUACGGCAGAUCAGGAAAAUGAAUUGAUACAUCAUAUGCAUGACUUGGAGAGUCGAUUCUAUGGAAUUACAAAAGACGACAUUCGUCAACUAGCCUUCGAACUUGCCGAAAGAAACGGGAUACAACAUCCAUUAAACAAGCAAAAAAGAAGAGCUGGACGCGAUUGGCUGUACCGAUUUAUGAAACGUAAUCCGAAACUAACAUUUCGGAAGGCAGAAGCAACGUCCGCCGCAAGAGCCGGGGCGUUUAACAAAGUGUCCGUAGAUUCUUUCUUCGAUAUGCGGUGA